AUGCUGGACUUCAAUAGCACUCCCUUCCAGCCAGCCACACUGCAACUGACAGGCAUUCCAGGGAUGCAGACAGGCCAGGCCUGGGUCGCCCUGAUCUUCUGCAUCCUCUACCUGAUCUCCAUCUUAGGCAACCUCAGUAUCCUUGCUCUGGUGGUUCGGGAGCCUGCUCUUCACCAGCCCAUGUACUACUUCCUCUCUAUGCUCUCUCUCAACGACCUGGGCGUGUCCUUUUCUACACUUCCAACGGUGCUGGCUACCUUCUGCUUCAACUACUGCCACGUUGGCUUCGAUGCCUGCCUGGUGCAGAUGUUCUUCAUUCACACGUUUUCUUUCAUGGAAUCGGGCAUCCUUCUGGCCAUGAGCUUUGAUCGUUUCGUGGCUAUAUGUGACCCACUACGCUAUGCCACGGUGCUCACCAACAGCCGCAUCCUGGCCAUGGGCUUGGGGAUCCUUGCCAAGAGUUUCAUCACUCUCUUUCCUUUCCCCUUCCUGGUGAAAAGGUUGCCAUUCUGCAAGGGCAAUGUUUUGCAUCAUUCAUAUUGCCUCCAUCCCGAUCUCAUGAAAGUGGCCUGUGGCGACAUUCAUGUCAACAAUAUCUACGGACUCUUUGUGGUCAUUUUCACAUACGGCGUGGACUCGGUUUUCAUCCUUCUGUCCUACGCGUGGAUCUUGAGGGCUGUAUUGGCCAUCGCCUCCCAGGAGCAGCGACUCAAGGCCCUGAACACUUGCAUGUCACACAUCUGUGCGGUGCUGGCCUUUUAUGUGCCCAUCAUCGCUGUCUCUAUGAUUCACCGCUUCUGGAAACAGGCUCCUGCUGUCGUUCAUGUCAUGAUGUCCAGUGUCUACCUGUUUGUACCCCCCAUGCUAAACCCCAUCAUAUACAGUGUGAAGACCAAAGAGAUCCGCAGAGGGAUCCUCAAGAUCUUCCAUAAAUCCCAAACCUGA